AUGGUUAACGUGUUCAAAACACUUCGUAACCAUUGGAAAAAAUCAUUAGUUGCAUUUUCUCUAGCAUUAUACGGUUCGAAAUGGUCAUAUAAUCGUUAUAAAGCAAAUGAAAUACGUCACUUUUAUUGUCAACAAGCACUACUACAUGGAAAAGAAAAAUUUAGUCCAUUGGACCAACCGACACGUAUCGCUGUUCUACUAAACGGAAAAGCAAAUAAUAACAAAGCGAAAUCAAUCUAUGAUAAAACAGUAUUUCCCCUCUUGAAUUUAGUUGGACUCGAUGUUCGUGUUUAUCGUUUGGAUAAUACAGACUCGAUUACUAGUGAAGAAUUAUUGGGAACAAAGAUUGAACCAGAUAAAAUAAAAGCAUUGAUAAUCAUUGGUGGUGAUGGAACAGUAGCCUCAUUAGCGCCACAUAUACUCGAGUCAAAGACAUUGUCCAAUUUACCUAUAUGUGUUAUACCAAUUGGAGAACAUUCACGUUUUUUUCGAUCUUUAUUACCAGACUCAUAUUCAAUAAAAGACAAGGUGAAAUUACAUGAUGAUAUCACGUUGUUAUGUGAAUCAGUUUUAGCUUUGUUUAAUGGAAAAAUUGUACACCGACCAUUGCUCAAAGUUACUCUAUCAAAUCAAACAGAACCAAUCUAUGCCAGUACAUUGCAGUUUGGUUAUUACUCUCAAAUGAAUCAAUUACGUCAACGUCUAUGGUAUUUUAAUAUUUUGAAAUACCCAAUAUCAUCUUAUUAUGUUUAUUUAACACGUUCAAAAACUCCUUUAACAUUAUCCGAUAAAAAAUCAGUUAUUUAUACCAAACCUUGUUCUGGUUGUUUACGUUGUCGUAUUGUCGAACAACAAACAGCUCUACCAACAAUAAAACCAACAUUUUUUUCUCGUUUAUAUAAAUCAAAUCGACUUGCAACAACUCCUACAAUUGAACACAAUGUUAAUAAGGAAAUAAAUCCAGAUUGUGGUGUAGAAUAUUGUGUUGCUAAUGAAAAUCCAAUUGAAAUACAGGCAGUAACAACAACGAUACCAAAUGAAAUUCAGCUGAAUAUAAGCGAUAAAGUAAAAUCGUAUGUAUACGACAAUUCAGAAAUUGAGAAACAAUCAAUAAGAGUAAAUGAUGUUACAUUUUACCCAAAUCCAUCUUUAUCAAAUUCUAUUAUUAUUGAUAAUGAAAAAAUUUCGCUUGUAUCCGAAGAGCCAGUGGAAUGCAAAAUACAAUUAACUAAUAAAUCAUUAAAACUUAUACAAAUGAAUUCGGAACCAUUAAUCAAAAAACGUUCACAUCCUCCAACAAUGGAGGAUCUUGACGAACAAGAACUGGCAAAAAAACAUAUAUUGCCAUUCUAUACGAUAAAGUCAUUAAUAACUUAA